GCGGCGGCGGCGCAGGUGGUUGAGCGGCAGGAUCUGAUGGCGAAGGAGAAGAGGAUGAAAGUACUGGUGCCAAUGGAUGACAGUGAUGGGAGUUUCUAUGCGCUCAAGUGGGCGCUUGACAAUCUCUUCGGCAACCACGCUGCUUCUGAGCCGCCGUUGCCGGCGGCGGAGGAGAACUUCAUAACCCUGCUCAACGUACAGCCACUUUUCCAGCCCUUCAUCUACCCCGCCGGCCCAGGUAUAUUGGUGUACGCAACUCCGGCGGUGAUUGAUGCAGUGAAGAAAGGGCAACAGCAGAAUGCUGCCAAUAUCCUCUCACGUGCCUUGCACAUAUGCAAACAGAACAAGGUGAAGGCAGAAACGUUGAUGCUGGAAGGUGAUGCAAAGGAUAAGAUCUGUCAAGCAGCCGAGGAAUUGCACGUCGAUCUUCUUGUUCUUGGCAGCCGCGGCCUCGGUACCAUUAAGAGGGCAUUGCUGGGAAGUGUAAGCAAUUACUGUGCCCAUCAUGCUACUUGCCCUGUUCUCAUAGUGAAGCCUCCUCCGAGAUCUGCUCACGACUAAUAUUUUAAGUGUACCGUUUCAAGUAA